ACAACAACAACAACAACAACAACAGCAGCAGCAGCAGCAGCAACUAAUUGCUGCUUUGUAAUAGGUCCGGUGUUCAAAUAUUGCUAGCGAAAACUAUAAUUCUGUUUUGGAUCCCUGCGAAGAUCGAUACCUUAUCAACAAUAGCACUUUUCUGCCAUAGAGGCACAAGGCUUGAAAUUUAGGAAGGGUGGAUAGUGAAAGGGAUUAAGUGGAUUAAGCUAACCCUCAUUUAGUCAGUAUUGAUCGGUACUUAGUUUCACACCACCAGACUUCGUUAGGAUGGAAUGCAAAGUUAACUUCGGCGGGUGUUUGAACUCAGAAAUGUAAAACAAAAAGCCGGGAGAAAUACUGUAAGGCAAGCAGCAACAACUACAAACUACAAAAGAAAACCAACUAUUAGAACAACAGUAGUAGCAGCAAUAAUAACAGUAGCAACUACAAGAACACCGACUACAGAAGCAGCAGGAACUCCAGUAACGGCAAAGCAGCAGCAACGUAGACAACAUCAGCAGUAAACUACAAGUUUAAGUUUGUUAGAGAAACCCCGCUGCUUUCAACAGCAGCAGCAGCAGAAGCAGUAGAAGCAGCAGCAGCAGUUUUUAUACACUCACCUCCAUGACGACCACGACGACGACGACGACCACCACCACCCCGGCCACCACCACCAACGCCAUCACCACCACCACUACAACAACAACAGACACCCACCCACCACAACUACGGUAUCAAGCCGAAACCACUACCACACCCGGGUGGUUAUAGUUACAUAUCUCAAUUGUUUGUGCGUGCGUGUGUGCAUAUAAACAUAUAUGUGUGUAUGUAGAUAAGUAGUAGUGGUGGUGGUAGUAGUAGUAGUGGUGGUGAUGGUGGUAGUGUCGAGUGUAGUGGUGGUGCCGGCGGUGGUGGUGGCGUCGACAGAGGGUCGACAAAUGUAGUAAGCAUAACGAUGGGUGCUCGCUUGCUCCCCGCAGCGUUCCACCGGGACUGGUUGUUUGACCAGACGAGGAGGGUGCUGUUGUUGAAUGGACCGGGACCAGAUCGGGUCGGAUCGGAUCGGACUGAAGAGGGGUGGGUGCUUUGACCACCACCACCACCUUCAUCAUUACUGUCCCUCCCCCCUCCCCCCCACCACGAAAACCGUCUACAAAUACAAGAAGGACAAUAACAGAAACAUUGUCAUUUUUACGAUAAUAAGGAUUCUUUGUAGGCCUUUGAAGAUGCUACGAAAAGGUGGAGAGGUAUUUGACCUUUGAAACAGGUAUUACUACUAAUUACUAUUGUUUCGACUGGAACUUAGAUUUAAGACAAUGCAGAAUAUAAGGAGUACAUUAAAACAGGAGUUCACGCUUUCAAAUAUAUGCUUUACCUAUAGCAAACCCGAGGCUUUUUUCCUACCACAGUGGAGAUGGCCGCACUCAAUAUUUGUCCUCUACCGACUAGCUCUAGCCUUAUAUACAUUAGCAGGCUUUGCGAAUCAUUAUGCUGUGAUGAUCUCUCUGGAAAUACCGCAUAACCCAAUGGUAUAUUUGACAUCAUGGAGCUAUUUGCUGUUGGCAUUACAUUGCAACGUAGCAGCAAUUGUGACUACGUAUAGCUACUACGUAAUUUACAAAAUUACACGUCAGAAUACUUGUAAUAAAACUGUACUAAAAAGUAUUUCUCCUUUAACAACUCAAAGAACUCCGGAAAAUGGUCAUAUUGCAGAUGCUAUGAAUAACUGUGUUAAUUACUCAGAGAAUGAUGCCCUUCCGGCUAGGAACAAUGAAAGUGAAUAUCAGAAUCAGGAUGAGGAAAAUUUCAUGAAGACUUCAAGAUCAUCAGAGCCGAUUGCAGUGCAACAUAUUUGCAUUGACGCCCAUCAUUCGAUGGAAACUGGCAAAGGGACAACUUUCGGGUGUUCAUUACCGGGGGCACACCAAUCAAACAUGGUUUGGCGGGUAGACGUAACAGGAGCCAAGACGAUGUGUGUCAAAAAUCUCGACAAAGUCUGUUGGUUUAUGAAAUUAACAUGGCUGCUUUUUGACAUAGCAUCUCUCGCAGCCAUCAUGGUUAGUUGCAUGUAUUUCAUCACAAUCUUCCCACAAAAUCAUUCCCAUGGAGAAUCGGUUACAUUUCAGGAUCUCAACACGCAUGCAUUCAACUCACUAAUAGUAAUAUUUGAACUUGUUAUUACCGCAUAUCCAAUACGUCUACUACACGUACUCUAUCCUUUUCUAUUUGGCAUCAUGUAUAUCAUAUUUAACGUUAUAUAUUGGGCACAGGACCAAGUAAAAAACGUUUUAUAUCCUGAUGUCGUAGACUGGAACUUCCCUGAGAAAACAGUUCUACUGCUAACGUUCUUAUUAUUUGUUUUAAUACCAGUUCAACAGUGUUUACAUUUUCUUGUGUACAAACUUCGUCUUUACAUAUAUUUCAGAAUCUAUAAACAACAUUAUAACUCUUGAGGAAGCAAGUAACAGCAGUACGCACAGUCACUUACACUCC